GAAGUCACUCUCCAUGACAGUAAGGAGUCCAGGACAACAAUGAAGUCUCUCCGAUUCAUUAGCGCCGAAGCAUUCGUGUCAAAUGCAGAGUUUGCCAGGAAGAGUCUCGGAGCUGUUGCCCAUGAUCUUUUUCCGCUUCUUUUUAAAGCCAGCUAUUUACUGGAGCAAGGGGAAGUGAUUCACGACUUGGUAGAGAACUGGCCACUUUUUGAUUUUAACAUAGGAAAACUUUUGGGAGCUACUCUGGACUACGAGGAAGACCUGAGCCAUAGAACAUGCUCAGUGUGCUUGGAAAGCUGUCUGACAGGGCUGAGAGACUAUGUGCUGAAUCAGUCUUCUCCCUUCAUGAAAAAGUUGAAAGUGGUCGACCUGACUGGUAUGAAAGAUGUUGAAGUUCAGUAUUGUAAGUGCAAGAAGACGAUGGGCAGGUGGGCCAGGACACAGCUGCUCUGUAAGCUUUGUUCAGACCUCCUGGUUUACCUGCAACAAGCACAGUGUAAUCGAGGUACCUUUGAAGUCAGUAUCAGUGUGCUAAUUGACUUGUUUGUUACAGAGCGGAACUUUGAGCUGGUCGUUCAGGCCCUGUUGAAGAAAUGCAGUUGUCCGCUGAAAAUCUGCUGUGUGGCAUUCAGAUCUGACAACCUGACCUUGCAGAAAUUCUUCUACAUCAUAAAGCUCACCGAUCCCUCCUUGUUGCGCAAACUGGAAAUAGUUCAUAAUGUUCACUUGGAAAUGGAACACUUGGAUAUGCUCUUCAACAGUAUCCACUUCCCUCUGUUGAUGUCCUUGACCUUGCCAGCACGAACAUUUAAUGUGCGGAGGUUCACGGCUGAAGAUGAGCAGACGCUUGCUAACAUAGGCGAAAAGAUGGGUGAAAUGACACAGCUUACUGAGCUGAGUAUGCCAUUUUCUAUACUCACUGGAAGAAUACAGAAACUUCUCAGCCCACUAAAAACUCCACUGAAGAUGCUGGAUGUUUCUAACUGCUCCUUGAACCAUGCUGAUAUGGCCUUUUUAGCCAAUAGCUUCCAUGCCAAUCACUUGGAAGCCCUGGACCUCAGUGGUCACGAUAUACCUGAGCUUUACCCAUCAACAUUCUUUAAGCUCCUCAGCCAUUGCUCUUCAGUGCUCAUGAGUCUUACCCUGGAGGACUGUAAUAUCCAAGACACUCAUGUCAACAUGUUGAUUUUAGGUUUAAGCCCUUGCCAGAAACUACAGGAGUUCAAGUUUAUUGGAAACCCACUGUCAUCCCAAGCACUUAGACACCUUUUCACAUUUCUCUGUGAAUUGCCAAUGCUGAAAAAUGUGGAGUUCCCAGUUCCUAGAGAUUGCUACCCUAUUGGCAUCACCUACCCCAUUGAUGAUGCCAGUGUCUGCAGAUUUGAUCACCAAAAAUAUGAAAGGGUAGCAGAGGAGCUUAACCUGAUUUUACUCCAAGCAAACAGAGACGAUGUGAAGGCUUCAACACCACUCUUUGGGAGUUAUGAUGCAGCUGUUCAGGAGACAAACAAUGAACUGGGAGCUUACUUGAUCAAGUCCUUCAAAGAGACUUUAGAGAAGUUCACUUCUUCAUUUAACAAAAUGAGUUAAAUUUGUAAAAUUGUAAAGUAGUGAUGAGAUGAUCUGCCAAACCAGAACUUAGUCUCUUCUAGAUCUGCACCUUCAAUCAUCAGUUGUGAAUUUUCUUUAAUUUUUCAGCUGAAUUUACAAUUUGAAUAGCCUCUAAUCACUCGAGGUACUGUAACUUAUGCUAUAUCUAUUGCAUCCUCCUCAAACAAGCACUACUUGCUCACAAAAGAGGAGAGGACACUUAAUGGUGCAUUAUUUUAUACAAAUGCACUUUUUCUCAGUAAAUCAAAUAGGUGUUUAAGCUUGGCUGAUUUCAUAUACAGGUUCCCUUAGAUUUGUCAGCUAGUCUGGUAGCCCUGCAGAAAAAGCAGGGAGGUCCUUUCCAAGUCCAGCAGGAUGGUCAAAAGAUUGUGCACAUAUCCUCACCUGUGGCUCCCUAAACUGAUUUUUUUUUCCUGCUCAUGACCUGAAUUUACCAAUCUGUGUUUUAUGUAGUAUAUUCCAAAUAAUGGAGAACGUGUAACAGUCUCCAUAUCCCUGUGCCUCUUUCUUCCACAGAGGCAAGUGCAAUAAACAGAAUUUGUCUGAUACACUGCCUUUGAUGAGGAGUAAAAUUCCAUACUGAGGAGGCAGCAAACCAAAUGGUUGGCUGACAGCAGGGGGUCUCAUCCCACUUACUCAGCAAUAUUAAGCAGUCUGUGGGGACUCUGCUGAUGUUCUUGCAAUGUGUAUUUUAGAAAAGUGGACCAGGACAGUGCUGCACAGCCAUGCCUCUCAUGUCAGCAGGUCAGUGCCUCAAGAUACUCCCUUCCUGGAAUCAGCUUCUUGGCUGGUAGAAUGUACCCUGCUCCUUUUAGCUGUUUUAAACAAAGUCUGCGACUCUGGUAGUACUGAAAAAAGACUAGUGUUGAAAAGACAUGCAAAAAAUUUUAUUCCAAUGCCAAUUGAAAAAAUAUGGAAAAGGGACAAGGCCAGUUGCUGAGUAAGUAGAAGUUCAUCUGUGUAAAAUACUGCUGGCUUUCUGUCAGGACUGUGUGUUCUCUACAGACGUGCAACCAGUAUCAGGAAAAAUUGCAUUUAUUUGUCUAACUUUAGUGCAAGGAAAGUAUUAGAAUGACAGAGUAAACAGUAUUCCAGACUCCACACACACAGCAUUGGAGCAUAGGUAAAGGGGCCAACUGGAUGUCAGGACAGUAAGGGCCACAAGACACACAUCUGGGGAGAGUAGUAUAAUUGGGGCCUGAGUGGUAAACAAGGGCUACUCAGCUCUUCACCUGUAAAACUAGAGACUUGGUUAGCUCUAGGUAAAUAAAAAUAAAUAAAAUAAUAUUUUUAAAAAAUAUAUAAUAAAUAUACUUUACUAGUUCAUGAAAACUUGUUCAAACAGGACUGAAAGUGAAUGUUUGUAGCAGGAGCUGAAAUAUCACUGUAGUAUUGAGGAUCAUCAUUAAGAUAACCAGGACAGUUUACUUGAAAUAAUACUGAGCCUCAUCAUCUGAGGGUAAGGAAAAAGCUUUCUUCAUUUAGGCAGUGCUGAUUUGUUAAGCUUUCUGUUUAUCUACAGUAAGAAUAUGCAAGCAACUCUUAACCUAAUUUAUUUAAAAAAACCCAAAACAAACCAAAAAUUAAUGGACUGAGUACUAGGCCGAACUUACAGGUUCCACAGCAUGCAUUUAAAUUAUUUUUUUAAUGUCAGCUCACAUU